CUUAGUCCAGUAGGUAACACACAUUCUCCACAAAUCACAAAUGCACUACACAAAUCACCACACUACAACCAAGCUGCCAGUGUUCUUCCUGCACAUUGUUCUACUCGCGCCACUGCUAGUAGGUAGCAGCAGCCUGGACGAAACUGAACAAGGACGCGUUUGGCUGGGAGCCAAACCGAAUCUGAUUUUCCCACCAACAUCACCCACUCGGCAUCAGCUCAUUGCCGGCAUUGGAAUUCCGGUCCAAUCGCACGUGUCCGUCACGGUCGGUUGGGUGCUCAAGGCACAAUAUUUUCUUCCGACCACGGUAGACCAGUUGCGGCCGGACCGCUGGGAAGGUUGGAACAAUUCUCGUCGAUCGCUGUCGGAGCGGGCGCUAGAUCGAGACUAUGAAAGGUACACGGUAACGGAUGUACCGUCGAACGUUGAACCAUUGCCGGAAGAAACGGAAGUAGUCGAUGGAAGUGGUUACGAUGAUGACUUAGACGAUGGAGAUGACAACUACUGGAUGGAUGAGGACGAAGUGAAACUGUUUCAGGAGCUCAAGGAGAAAUCUGCUUCCGUGGACGAACGUUCGCCGAUCGACGGUGAGCCCUACAAUACCGAACGAUCUCGCUGGGUGGUUUACAAAAUGCUCGAGAAGGCGGGCGAACCGUACGGAUUGGGAGGACGCGCCUGUAUGUUGCGCAGUAUCUGUGAGGCUGCCGCUGCACAAUUCACCCACGCCGGCGGAGUGUUUUCCGAAUUGUUUCAUAUUUUAUUUACACCGUCGACGACUUCGGAACCGCUUUCGGAACAUCGUGACAGUGAGUAUCUACGAGCCGAACAACUGGGACGAGAGGGAGCACCUUGUCAGCUAGUUUUUCAUGAGUGCAGAAACACGAUAUUAGAUGUGUUUACAGGUGUGCAUGAUUCUGACACUGAUCUGCUAAGCGUGGCUCACGAUCGGUUGCGGUGGGCAAUUUAGGACUAGAACAAUCAAUAAAAUGAGAAGUGAGCCAAAGUUGUUUCGAUACUCAUUUACAGAGUAGUGCUAAGUGCAAAAAUUGCGGUAAUUAGACAUCGAGUAUUUACAAUCCGGAAAAAAGUGAUAAUUGUUUACUAUU